UCCAUGCGUAGAAUGAAUCCCAGCAAUUUUGACGCAAAACAGACCCAAGCAUUCGUUUCAUUGUGGUUUUGCAUCAGCGGUAUCUAGUUGAAAUAUAUCUGUGCAGUGAACUUUGAUCUUUCGUGCACAUAACAGACUCCCACGUACAAAAUGCUAGCUUUGCAUACAAAUCCUUUAAUUCCUGUAAAUUGUUGUGUGUGGUCGACAUGGGUGGUACUUGUUAUCACUAAUGUAUUUUACUUCUUUAUAUUCUACAUGAUGGACGGAAAUCUUAUGUGGGCGCUUAUGGUAGCAGUUAUAAUAAAUUGAUAUAUAAUUCAGUUUAAAUUUUAAUAUUUUGUACGUAGUUGCUAAAACUUCACAUCGCAGUGUCGCGCACGCACCCCCCCGCGACGGGUGUGUUUGCUCUAAAAUAAAUCGGUAACCGUUGAGUUGUUUCGUGGUUAACAUUUAAAAUGACGCAAGUUGUAAAGUGCAGUGCAUGUAAUAUCGUCAUUGACGAAUUGCUUUGUUACAUACAGGACAAAGUAUCGAUAGCUGAUGAGGAAACUCUUGUGCGUAUAUGUACCUCGUCUUUUUCGAGUGAAGAAAUUAAAAACGCAAAGUCACUUCUGUUCGAAUCUAUUCCAACAGACGUGAGGAAAAUACACCGGAAAAAUAAGGGAAAAGAAGGGCGCGAGGUGGGUGAUAUUAUAAAUUUAUUUAAAUCUACAGAACCAGAUAUAAUGCCCAUUUUUGUAGCGAAAAAUUUAAAUAAACUUCCACCGAUUUCAUUCGAUCACUUAGAUUGUUCCAAACUUCUAAAGGAUAUGAUGAAGAUAAGGGCUGAUGUCGAGAUAAUUAAAUCGACGUAUGCUACGAUCGAUAGCAUACAGGCAUUAGAAACGGAAAUUAAUUUGAUAAAAACAAAUUCCUUGCCGCCAACAUUGGCUUUAAAGGUAAACACAAAGCGCGGCGCUUGGCUAGACAGUGGUCCGAUGGGGCUUUCUAACGAUGACUUCAACAAUUUAAGCAACGAUAAUCAUGCGAUUAAUGAAAACAAUUCUUUGGAAGCAGAAUCAUUUUUGCGUUAUCGAAGUUUGAGGGUAGAUGAAGAUAAUAUUCAGCGUGAUUUGAAUGAGCGGCAACGGUCUAUAGAACGAGCGCAGACGAGCGAGGUUGCAGCCCGCGGUGCGGGAGGGAGCCCUUCAACCGCAAGUGACGAAGCGAGCGCCCAGACCGGUUCCGCUCAGGUGACGUCAGAUUCGCAUAGCGGGACAAGUAACGAUAAGGCCGCCCGUAAACAAGGUGAGCGUUCAUCGAUGCAACAAACUACGAGUACGAGGAAUGAAAGCGAAAAUGAUGGAUGGCAAGAGAUCACAUAUCGAAAAAAACAAAAGAAGUAUCGAUAUGUGGGAAAAUCGGGUAUUGCAAGAGAUUCGGAAUGUACCUUUAGGGCGGCAGAUGUAAAACUUCCUAUGUUUAUAACUAAUGUACAUAUGUCCACAAGGGAAAAAGACAUAGUAGACUAUAUAUUUAAGAAGACGAAGGAAACAGUUUACCUUGAGAAAAUUAAUAUGAAAGUUGAAAGAGGACAUAAAGCUUAUAAGUUUUUCAUAUCGGAAGCUAAUUUACCAAUGUAUAUGGAUGAAGCGAUGUGGCCAGCUGGAGUAAUAUUUAGACGCUUUGUUAGUUUUACACAAAGAAAAAAGUUGGAAACCGGCCAGGACAAACCCCAUAAUGGAUAGUACCUCCCAUAAGUUUGCCACUUUUAACUGUAAAAACGUAAAAAGAUCCAUUGAGGAUGUGAGAAGAUUAUGUCAGACGUGUGAUAUCAUAUGCCUUCAAGAAACGUGGCUGCUCCCGCACGACAUUCCUGUUAUAGGAACUAUUGACAGCGAAUUUGGGUACACGGCGACGUCUGCGGUCGACACGUCUGCGGGCAUCCUUAGGGGUCGGCCGUAUGGAGGCACGGCGUUAUUAUGGCGGUAUAGUGCUUUUCAACAAGUGACAGUGCUGCAAUGCGAUAAUAAUCGAAUUUGUGCUAUAAAAAUCACAACGGGAGAUAGGCCAGUGAUAGUGUUAAAUGUGUACUUACCAACAAACAGUGCCGAAAACCUACCGGAAUUUGUCGAUUGUUUAAGUGUUGUUAGUGCUAUUAUUGACGAAUAUGGAAUCGAUGCGGUGUUUAUUAUGGGAGAUUUUAACGCGAAUCCGGGUGAGUUGUUUUACAGAGAGCUUAUUAGUAUUUGUGAUGAUCAGUUGUGGUCGUGUUUAGACGUAGAUAGGCUGCAUCCUAGUACAUUUACUUUUAUUAGUGAUGCGCAUGGAACACGCAGCUGGCUCGACCACUGUGUUUCAACUCACUCGGCUGGGCAAUUGGUUACGGAUGUUUAUGUCUUGUAUGACACUUGGUGGUCGGAUCACUUCCCACUUAUUAUUCACUGUGAUUUAAAACUGAUAUCACCCAAAGUCAGGAGUAAUUUUAAGGAUGAAAAUAAGGACGUCCAGUGGGGUAGUAGAAGUGAGGAACAGACAAUACAAUAUACCUCAGAGUGUCAUAAAAGACUGAAACAAAUUGAUUUUCCUUCGGAUUUUGUUACAUGUGCAGAUCAUUUUUGUAAUAAUCGUGGACACAGGCGUACGCUAGACAGGCUAUAUUCUGACAUUGUGGCCGCACUCCGUGACGCUGCCACGGUGGGUCGGGGUAGCGGACGUCGGGGUGGGAGUGGUCCGCGCAUUAUUGGGUGGAACAAGCAUGUCAGAGAGGCUCACGUUGUGGCCAGGUCUAAAUUUAGGGACUGGGUCCUAUGUGGAAGACCGAGGUCCGGUAUUGUUUACAAAGAAAUGUAUAAAAGUAAACAAAUUUUUAAGGGAAGGUUAAAAUGGUGUCAAGAAAAUCAGGACCGAUUGAAAAUGGAAUCCCUAGCGGAAAAAUAUUCCAAGGGCGACUUUCGUAGCUUCUGGAGCGACACCAGUAAAUUCAAUGUACGACCUGGCCUUCCCGUGAGCGUCGCUGGUUGCAGUGAUCCAAAGGACAUUGCCAAUGUGUUUAAGGAUCACUUUUCUGUUCAUUC